UGCUUUGACAGUGUUAUAUCAACCUCCGCCAGAGUGAAGUCGUGUGUUCCCUUCGUUCAUAAAUCUCGCUCGAAAAAGAAAGAGUCAAACUUUGAGAAAUUUUUUUUCUUGAACUCGAGUGAUCCGCGUAAAGGAACCACCACGCUUCCUUUACGACAGUCUUGAAAACAUUUUUAACAGAGAAAGAGAGAGAGGAAAAAAAAAAGGGAAGAGAAACAACAAUUCGGUGAAUAAAUAGACAAGAACAAGGGAGAAGAGAAGAAGAAAAAGAAGAAAGAAAGAGGAAAGUUACCUCUUUCUUCUCUUCUUUAACCCGUUAGAAAUACCCAAGACACGAGAGCAAACGAGAUAAAACAAACAUCAACGCGAGCAUCACGGACACACAAGGGAAUCUUUAUUGAGACAUUCUACGAAUUUGUGCUGCGUGUUUUGUGAGUGAUAAAAGCUUAUCGUCGCGCGGCAACCGGAGACCUUUCGUGUCAGCAUAUAGAGAGGCGGAUCGCUUUCCUUUUUCGAAAAGGCCUUCCCUCCACUACUGAGAAGAGGGUUGCUUCUUCCGGGGAUAACCGGAAGUGGCUAUUAAACUAAAGAAGGUAGAACAAUGUCGACACUCGAGAACAGCCUCCCUUGAAGCUCCCUCUCACGUUCUCUCAAGAUAAUAAUUCGGCCCUGUUAAGUCAUGCUCUGUCUUAUUGCCCUGCGUCGAAAGGUAGAUGCCUUUCGUGUUGUAAAUAAUACUGUGAAAAGAAACCUCAGACCGAAGAUGGGCAAGCUUUUGAGCCUUCUGGCUCGAGAUGAGUCUACCUGUUGCACCCCUCAAAAGUACGACGUCUUUUUGGAUUUCGAAAAUGCACAACCUUCCGAUAUAGAACGGGAGACCUUUGAAGCGGUGCAAAGAGUUUUGAAAAAUUCAGAAUCUAUUUUAGAGGAGAUUCAAUGCUACAAAGGUGCCGGAAAAGAAAUCAGGGAGGCGAUUUCGGCUCCCACGGAAGAGUGUCAACGAAAAGCUUACCUGACUGUUGCACCUCUAGUCGCCAAGCUGAAAAGAUUCUAUGAAUUUUCAUUGGAACUUGAGAAGGUAGUACCAAAAAUCUUAGGCCAACUGUGCUCCGGUAAUCUCUCCCCGACCCAACAUCUCGAGACUCAACAGGCAUUGGUGAAACAGCUGGCGGAAAUUCUGGAAUUCGUCUUGAAAUUCGACGAGCACAAGAUGAAGACACCCGCUAUUCAAAAUGAUUUUAGUUAUUACAGAAGAACGUUGACCAGAGCAUCUCUGGCGCGACAAGAAAGCGCUGAAAAGGACCUCGUGGUCGGGAACGAGCUCGCCAACCGAAUGUCCUUGUUCUACGCCCACGCGACACCCAUGCUUCGUGUUCUGAGUCACGCGACCAUUACUUUCUUGAUGGACAACGAAGAUGUAGCACGUGAAAAUAUUACUGAAACUCUUGGCACCAUGGCCAAAGUUUGUCUGCGCAUGUUAGAAAAUCCGAAUUUAUUGGCGCAAUUCCAACGAGAAGAAACUCAACUCUUUGUUCUGAGAGUGAUGGUAGGGUUAGUGAUCCUUUAUGAUCAUGUUCAUCCCCAAGGUGCCUUUGUUAAGGGUUCGAAUGUCGAUGUUAAAGGCUGUGUAAAGCUAUUGAAGGAUCAACCACCUUGCAAAAGCGAGGGUCUUUUGAAUGCUCUUCGCUACACCACCAAACACCUGAACGAGGAGAACACACCGAAGAACAUUAAGAACCUUCUAGCAGCAUGAUUACCAAAGCAGCGCGGAUGCUGCAUCAGAAGCUAAGACAAAUUGAACGAAUGACAUCCAUUCAAAUUUUGUGUGUACGAGAUCGUCGAAGCGACUUUAUAUGACACCAAACAAGCAAUCUCCUGUUUCUGAUCGUGGCUGGGUGGUGGACCAUUAAAAAAAAAAAAACGUGUCUUUCGUAAUAGAGUCUAUAGCUGCCCGAAAACUGCCGACUUCUACAUACCUUCUGACGAAAAAAAGAAAUUAAAAAAAAAUAAAUAAAUAAAUAAAUAAAUAAAAAAAACAAAAAAAAGUAAAAAAGAAAAAAAAAUAAAAAAAGCAAAAAAACAAAACAAAAAAAAGUAACGAAAAAGAAAAAAAAGAAGACAGAUAGGAAAAUCGUAGAAAAGCAAACGAAUCGAAACGACUGAACCAUCAGAGGAAUUGCUGCACUCGUUUUCUUAAGCGAUGUCUUUGUGAGAGUGCGAACAUUUAAGUUAUUAUUAUAACAUUACUAAUCUCUUUCUCUCACACACAUUACAUCUUGAUUAUAUUAUUGAUCAUUGCUAUUAAUUAUUGCUAUUAUUGCAAUUUUUCACGUUCGUUCGAAUUAUUAUUGUCACCCAAGUAUUAUUACCCUGAAAUAAUUAACAUCAUCACGUGUAUCAACAAUUAUGUAUUUGUCUUCCCAUGUGAAAAAUGGGAAGGGAUCGAGUUAAUUAGACCAUAUCAAUAGUGUGUAUUUUAGGGUAAUUUUUACGAUGAUCAUCGAAUGAUUCUCGAGAAAAACGUUACAAUGAGAUGUUUAAUAACGUUGUAAGAUAUAUUGCGCAGAUUUUUACUAAUUGUUUUGUUUGUUGAACGAUUGUCAUCUAAGGCGAAUGGACGAUUAAGAGAAAUUGUUAAUAAAUACAGGGGGCUGGAUAUUGAAAAUUAAAAUAGAAGGACAAAUGUUUUACUUUGUUUCGUUGAUAUCGAUGUAUUUUAUUAUAGAUUUUGUUUUAUUAAUUUGUUAAUAGUAAGUUAUUAACACGUAUUUCGUUGAAAAAUGAAUUACGCUGAUAUAUUUUCUUCUUUUGUUUUUUUCUUUUCUUGUUUAUCUUUUCUUGUUCGUUUCUAUAUAUUUCGUAUAUAAAAGAAAGUUAAUAACCAAAGAUAUUGUUGCUGAACAUUUAUAAUGUCACUGAUUUUAUUGUAAAUUUAUUAUCUUAGUAUUUUUUUGAGGAACACGCGUUAUUUAUAAGGGGAAAAAGUUAUCGAAAAUGAUUUAAUGUGAAAAAAUUCAUCUGUUUUUUCACAAAAAAAAAAAAAAAAAAAAAAAA